AUGGAGAGAGAUGAUGAAACCUCCCUGAUGUUGGAACCAUCUUACCCAGACUCAGUCAUUAGUAUAGGAAAAGUGACUCUUGGAGAAGAAAACAGAAAAAAAAUGGAGAAAACGAAGAGAGACAAACAGAGGAUGAGAAUUACACGGAUUGCGUGUGCUUUAUUAAACUCAGGAGGAGGAGUGAUUCGAAUGGAAAUGGAAAAUGAAGAUGUGCGUCCUACGGAGAUGGGACUGGAUAUAGAACGGUCUUUGAGAGAGCUUAUUCAGUCUAAAGAUUUGCUGGCUUUCUUUGAGACCAAGCAACAAGGGAAGUGUUUUGAAAUUUUUGUUAAAUCUUGGAACAAUGGCCCUUUCUCUAAAGACAGUUCUGUCAAGCCACGCAUUUGCAGCCUGAGUUCUUCACUAUACUGUAGAUCUGGGACCUCUGUUUUUUCUUUGAAUUCAAGAGAGGCAUUCGACUUUCUGAAAAAUAAUGCAGAAAUCUUGGGGCAAGAACCUUCUCGUAAAAUUCUCAAAGUCAUGCCUAAAGUCCUUGAUAACUCAAAUCCUGCAGACCUCAUUUUUCAAAAAUACCGCCUUGAAUAUGGUGAAAUCCUGCCUUUUCCUGAGUCUUAUUCCAUAGAAUUUAAACAGUUCUCUACACACCACAUCCAAGAAUAUGUAAAAAACAUGAUUCCAGAGUACAUCUCCGCAUUUGCAAACACUCAGGGAGGCUAUCUUUUUAUUGGAGUGGAUGAUAAGCAUAGGCAAGUCCUGGGAUGUGCAAAAGAAAAUGUUGACCGGGACUCUUUGAAAAGUGUAAUAGCAAGAACAAUUUCCAAGUUGCCUGUUGUCCAUUUUUGCUCUUCCAAACCAUCAGUGAAGUAUAGCACUAAAACCAUAGAUGUGUUUAAGGAGCAAGUGUUCUAUGGUUAUCUUUGUGUGAUUAAAGUGGAGCCAUUCUGCUGUGCAGUGUUCGCAAAAGCUCCCAGUUCCUGGAUAGUGAGGGAGAACAACGUCUGCAGCCUGACAGCUAAGGAGUGGGUAGGCAAAAUGAUGGAUGCAGAUCCAGAGUUUGUUUCAGAGUUGACCGAGGAUUUUGAAUCUCAGCUGAGUCUGUCCCACAGCCCUCCACUUUGUAGACCAGUGUAUGCAAAGAAAGGUCUGGAACAUAAAGAAGAGCUCCAACAACGUUUAUUUUCAGUGCCACCAGAACAUUUGCAGUAUACUCCCAAAUCCCUCUGUAAAGAGCUGUUCUCACAGCAUGAAGGACUGGAGGAGUUAAUAAACAAGCAAAUGCAACCUUUCUCCCGGGGAAUUCUGAUCCUCUCUAGAAGCUGGGCCGUGGAUCUGAACUUGCAAGAGAAAGAGGAGGUCAUCUGUGAUGCUCUGCUGAUAGCACAGAACAGCCCCCCCAUUCUCUACACCAUUCUCAGGGAGCAGAAUGCAGAGGGCCAGGACUACUGCACUCAUAUUGCCUUUAUUUUGAAGCACAAGCUGGUGAACACGGGGGGCUACACCGGGAAGGUGUGUGUCAUAGCCAAGGCCCUCUGCCUGAGUUCUGAGAGCAGUGCAGAGUCCUUGAAGGGUGCAGUCCCUCUGAUAGAUUACCCCAUAUCCUACAACCUCGCAGACACCCAGCAGAUGGAAGCCUUGUUGCAGUCCCUUGUGAUUGUCUUGCUCGGUUUCAGGUCUUUCUUGAGUGAUCAGCUCGGCUGUGAGGUUCUGAAUCUGCUCACAGCCGAACAGUAUGAAAUAUUCUCCAAAAACCUCCACAAGAACAGAAAGUUGUUUGUCCAUGGCUUCCCAGGCUCAGGGAAGACAAUCAUGGCCAUGAAGAUCAUGGAGAAGAUCAAGAAUGUGUUUCACUGUGAGGAAAAGAGAAUUCUCUAUGUUUGUGAAAACCAGCGUCUGAUGGACUUUAUCAGGAAUAAAGGGAUCUGUCAAGCAGUGACCCGGAAAACUUUCAUGAGAGGUAACUUUGAACAUAUUCAGCACAUCAUCAUUGAUGAAGCUCAGAAUUUCCGCACUGAAGAUGGAUACUGGUAUCAGAAGGCAGAAACCAUCACGCAAGGAGACAAAGAUUGCCCGGGAAUUCUCUGGAUCUUUCUGGACUACUUUCAGACCAGCCACUUGAAAUCUAGUGGCCUCCCUUCUCUCUCAGCUCAGUAUCCAAGAGAAGAACUCACCAGAGUUGUCCGAAAUGCAGAUCCAAUAGCCAAAUACCUACAAGGAGUAAUGCAGGACGUCAGAAAAAAACCCCCAUUUAACAUCCCCCUGGGGUAUCUAGAGAUGUUUCAUGAGGCUAAAUUGGUUCCAGGUGUUGCAGGCAACUUAGAAAUUAUUGAAGACUUGAACUUGGAGGACAUGGUGAUCUUUGUAGUAGAGAAGUGUCGAUGUCUCUUGAGGAAUGGUUAUUCUCCCAAAGACAUUGUUGUGCUUUUCAGCAAAGCAAGUGAUGUGGAAAAAUAUAAAGAUAAGUUUUUGAAAGAAACGAAGAAGAGAAAGGUAUCUCAGAUUAAUGAUGAAUUCAUUUUUGCCGAUGACAUGUUGGACAGUGUCCGUCGAUUUUCAGGCCUGGAAAGAAGCAUUGUAUUUGGGAUUGAUCCCAGGGCAACUGAGCCAGCUAUUUCCUAUAAUCUUCUGCUCUGUCUGGCUUCCAGGGCACAGAAACAUCUGUAUAUUCUGAGGCUUAAAUAAUAGGAAGACCUUAGUUUCAGAAGAAGUUAUAAAAGUAGACUAUUCUCUCUGUCCCUGCUGUUUCAGAAAAGGAAGGACUGUUCUGCAUCAAAAAAUUAUUGUUACUAACAAUAAAGC